AGAGAAUUCUAAUUAACAAAUCACUGGAAAGGCCCAAAGGCUGGAGGACAUAUACCGCGAGAGACAUCAAGAACUGAACACAUUUUGAAGUCGGUGAAUAUUUUGCUUUUCGCGUAACCCCUUUCUUUGUGAUAACACAAUCUGGUGCUGAUGUACGCAGGAUAAGAAUGGAUGCAGUGCUGAUGGACAGCUCCUUCCCAUUGCUCAAUAAUUCAACUGGAGCCAGAGUGUCUGAGGAUGGGGAGACUGUGAUUGGCACUUACCUACUGCUCCUUGGGUGGCUGUCUUGGCUGGGAAACGGAGCGGUUAUCUGCAUAUUGUGCAAUCAUCAUCGAUCCCUAGACCCACAUGACCUCCUGACCUUUAACCUUGCUGUAUCAGAUGCUGGGAUCUCCAUUUUUGGCUACUCGCGAGGCAUUGUGGAGCUAUUCCAUGGACUAGGCAAGGAUGGCUUUUUGGUGACUUCCCUCUGGACGUGCAAGGUUGAUGGCUUCCUGAUCCUCAUGUUUGGCCUAAUCAGUAUUGGUACCCUUACUGCAAUCAGUCUCCUCCGUUACAUCAAGGGCUGUCAGCCACAUCACGCUCACAAGGUAGACAAACAGAAAGUGCAUCUGGCUCUCAUCUUCAUCUGGAUCACUGCUGCGAUCUGGUCUGGGUUCCCUUUAUUGGGAUUUGGAAGCUUUACAGAGCGUAAAUAUGGCACAUGUGAGAUAGACUGGACUCAAGCCACAAGUUCUAUGUCUUACAAAUGUUAUGUAAUUGGAAUCUUCGUUUGGGGCUUUUUCAUUCCGGUGUCCAUCAUGGUCUUCUGCUACGUAUCCAUCAUCAGGACUGUGCAUGCAAGCCACAGAAACUCACGGGGAGGUGAAAUAAGCCGCCCCCAACUCACCAUGGAGAGGGCCAUCACCAGGGUGUCAUUUGUUAUCUGUACGGCUUUUCUCCUUGCCUGGUCUCCAUACGCCGUUAUCUCUAUGUGGUCAGCCUGUGGCUACCAGGUACCGGCCGACACCAAUGUGGUAGCUACAUUGCUUGCAAAGUCAGCAAGUUUCUAUAAUCCAAUCAUCUAUUUGGGCCUGAGCCCCAGGUUUCGACAAGAAUUUCACACUUUGUUAUGCUGCUGCUGCCCAAAGAAGAGAGGCAAAUCCUUGAACUGUGAUCAGUCAAUUGCUGGCUGUGAAUCCAACACAAAGCAAUGGGUGGACCCGCAGUACUUACAGACCGAUGAAAAGAACCUUCAGACAAACCGUUCUUUAGAAGUAGGAGUGGAAAUGUCUAAUCAAGGAGCUCCAAGUACUGAAGACGUGAUUCUGAAUGAAAAGUCUUUAGAAGAAAGUACAAAGGUUAACAAUGUCCGGAUAUGAGAUAUGGAUUUGGACACAUAAUGUAAAUAUGUUCAAGGUAAAACCAUAUAUCUGAUGAUCUAACAAUAAACAGACACAUCAGUGUUCUAUUCUUAUCUCCAGAAAAACAGAAAUGAAGACUUUCCUCAAAUCUUCAGUAACUUUAUCUUCCUCAAUGUCAAACCUUGAUUUAAAACAAACCAAAAAAACUAAAACACCUCUGUCAUACAAACCAUAAAGAACAGCGAAAAACCACAGCACCUCUUAAAGUUAAGUAGCUAUUUCUCCUGCACAAUUAUUGGUAGGACUAAAUCCCAGAAAACAAUCACUGCGCAGUUCUCAGUAAAUUUUGUAGGCCCUGUGUAUUUUCCACUGGACUCUGGAGUAGCUGGACCAGUGGAGUAGCUAAAGCAACAAAC